AUGGCAUCGUCAAACGGCAAGGUACUGGAAACCAACGACAGAGCUGUCGCCGUUCCCGACCAGCGAUCAAAAGCGAAGCGAACGAGCCGUAUUCGGUGGACUGUUGGGUUGCUGGUUCGACUUUGCAUAUGGUACUUCCUGUUGACGCCCUUCUUCCGAUGCCCUUCUCACGAAUCCGACUUGACCGAAUCUUCCCCCCGCAUCUGCAAACCGUACCUCACCGCGAAGUCUUAUGUUGAACCACACGUUGCUCCUUAUUACAAUGCCCACGCUGCUCCUUACGUCGACGCCGCACGUCCUUACGUUCGCGUGCUAAACGAGAAGGUCUAUACCCCCGCUUCCAACAUCGCGAGGCAAGGCUACGAGGCGUAUGGUGCUCCGGCGCUGGAUCGAGCCCAGGUCUACGGGCAGCAGCAGUGGGAUGCCAACGUUGUCCCCCAUAUUCAAACCGCGAAAGCCAAGGCAAAUGUUUGGUAUGAAGCCCAGGUAGCUCCACAUGUGCGACAGGUUACGGCUGCCGUGUCGCCUUAUUACCAAAAGGUCUACCGAGCGUAUUGGACAACUUUGGAUGGCUAUGUUUUGCCGUUCGUCGCCACGUACAGGCCUUUUAUUGGGAAGACAUACGCCUCUGGGCAGGGUAUUCUGACGACUACGGUUCUGCCAUACGCACAUAGCACAUGGUAUCAUACGGUCUACUUUGUCAAUAACUCGGUGUGGCCCAAAAUCUCCAACCUUUACUCGGAAAACGUCGAGCCGCAGCUUGUCAAGAUCGGCCAGAGGCUUGCAAGCUACCGGGAAGGCAAACGUUUGAGGAGCGCCACUGACGAGAUUGAGAGUGCCGCUGGAUAUGCUUCCCCUUCUUCUGUAUCGGAGGAUCUUAGCAAAACUGAAGCGACAAACACCUAUUCGGAUCCAGUGGCACCCACUCCCUCACUAUCUGCCGCAGAACUAGCGGCCCAAACACGCGACAAGAUUGCCUCCGAUCUGCGGACCUGGAAGGAUCGAUUUGCUUCGGCCUCUGAACAAGGCGUUGAAGGUCUAGAGGCACGUGUGGUCGAGGUUGUUGCGACCUACUUGGCGAGUGGUGUUCAAAAUUACGGAGAGAAACUCGUGACUGCCCUUCAAAGCGCUGUGGAAGACCAGACAAAUACUAUCAAGCGCCGCAUCAACCUGCUAGCCGAGUCUCUCCCUUUUGAAGAGGCUCAGGAAGACGAAGACGCGGCAGUUGAGGAACUGCUCAAGGAAAUUCGAACAUCUGCCGUGUCUAUCAGAGACCGUGCUCACGUGCUCCGAGAAUGGCGGCUCACCUUUGGAAACCAGCUCAUAGACAAGGUCUCAGUCGCUGUGAACUCCACACUCGCAGUUCUAGACAAUGUCCGCGACCUUGGUCUGCAGGAGAUUGGAAUGAGAUGGGCCUGGAUGGAUGGCGUCACUUACAAGGACUGGGAAGAUUACCACGCCCUCAAAGCUGAAUUCGAGGACUGGAAGGAGAAGUUCCGUGAGAUUGGCCUCAAGCACGCAAGGAUCGAAGCAGCGAAGGAAAAGGCAGAUGAUAUUCUCUCUCGCGGAAUGGAUGUCGCCGAAGCUGCGGCCAAGGAACUCGCUCGUCUGAAGGAUGUUGGCAAGUGGAAAAUCGCUGCCCGUGAAGUAAGCGAAGACUUUGAUACCAGGUCCGAGCCUCCUCCACCGCUCCCGAAGCCCAGCACUCCGGUCGAAGAAGAAAUUCCAAUUGUCGCAGAUGAGGAGGGCGCCGAAGCAGCCGUAAAUGAGAACGCCACAGAAGCAGACAGCGAAGCCUCCGUUCAGAGUGACGAGGUUGUCAAGCCUGAAGGCAGCCAGGGCACUCUCGCUAAUGAUGAGAUCUCGGAAGCCUCGAGUGUCUUCUCUGAGGACUCUGCAACUGACAGCGAGAGCGAUCUUGAAACCGAAGAAUUGAGAGACCAGAUUGACUUUAGCGUGCCGCAGGCUGCUUUUGGAGCCGCGGCCGCUGCAGUCCCGGUCUCAAAUGAGGCAGAUGAGACGGAUAGUCUGGAACAUGAUGAAGUUGUGGAAGCCGAGGCAACCAAACUCUCCGAGAUAUUGUCGCAGUCCCUGGGAGUUGAGGAGCUCAACAGCACUCCAAUUCCAACGCCAAGCCGGUACCCUACUCCAAACAAAGCAGUAGAGGAUCUUGUCUCGCAGCUGCUGGCCGAUAAGGAUGCCGCAUACGCCGAGGAAAUACUGAAGAAACUCCACGCUAUCUAUGAAACGACAGAACCGAGUGCAGCUCCGACAGCCAACGUGGUUGAGGACGAAACGGUGUCUAUCCCUGUGGUUGACGAGCAAGAUAACAUCUAUUCCAUCCUCCCAAUCCCAGUCGCAGAGGAGGCACCGAAGCAACCAGAAAUCGCAGACCCUGUUCCUGAUUCUCCAGUUUCCGAGGAAGAUUCUGAGGACCUGGAACCGAGUGCCCUCAACCCUGAGCCAACACAGGUAGCAGAGUCGAAUGAAGAUCAGACUACCCCGAAAGAUCUCUAA